AUGCAGACGAAGGUGAACCGGGUGAGUAUGGCUGCGUCAUCGUCGUCUCCGCUGUCAUUACGGACCACACCAGCAUCCGCACUGGUGUUGGUGGGUGUGAUCAUUUUUGGUGUAUUAUUGGCCCUCGUGGUCAUGGCCUUCUUCGCCUAUGCGCCACUGCUGUGUGCGUCGUGGCUCGGCAUCAUGUAUGUCAUCGGACUGUAUUUGUCCACGGAGUCUUCUAAGUGGCGCUGGCAUGAUGCACAGGAGUUCGAGAAUCGUUUUUGGACGGGCACUGCCUUCAUGUUCAGUGCUGCGCUGCUGUACAUCAAGGACUCGCCUCUCGCUGUAGGCCAGUGGAACUCGACGCUCGGCCUAGUGCUAGUCUUUGGCUUCACCAUGAGCGUUCACUUCUUCGACAGGUUCUUGCACAGACAGGAGAUCAGUCGCCGGCCGAGACUGAAGGAGGUUUCGAGACAAUUUUCGCAUAAUUUAUUCAAGUACAAGGCCACAGCAGAGGAAAAAACAAGUCUCGUCAUGGAGUGCGUUAGUCACAUCGACCGUCAUUAUUUACCCAGCACCAUCAAUAAUAUGCUCAACUUUGCCGAGGUCAAGCGACGCGAGCUCAAGAUCUUCCGAAUUCUCGCAGGAGCGGGGAAGGACGAGCUGAAUUACAUCCUAAAUCACACUCAGCUGGCACUGCUCUUUUACAAAGUGAAGGACCACUCGAACGUGCGCGAGGACCAAAGUCGGACGCUGAUUCUUGACUUGCUGUGCACCACACGGCUGACAGAUUUGUCGGUGAUGUCUCGAGCUGUUCUGCUUGACGCUUUGAUGGUGAUGAAGAUCAGUGCCCACCCGAUGGCUGAAAAAUGGGUGCGCAAUAUUAUUCUGAAGACGCAGGGCGAUGACCUGAGCAAUCUGAAAACGUACACGGAUGCGAAGGGCGAUUUUCACAGUAUGCACAAGCUAGUAUUUAACGAUGUUCGUAGUCCGACAAUCCGUGCUGAUAUUCUAAGCCACAUCCAGCGUGAAGCAAGCGUACAGAUUGCACACAUGCGGCUUGGAACAAAGCGGGGCCGCAGUCGCAAGCAGCAAGCAUGGCGAAAGGUGUUGAGCGAUGUGGAUGAUACGUUGUAUUCUUCGGGUGGACGAUACCCAGCAGGGUUAGACACGCGCUACCCUCGACACACUCUGUACCCGGGAGUGCUUCCUUUCUAUCGUGAGCUAGAUAUGGGCACGGUGGGACCCGAUGACUGGACAGAUGAUCGAGUGGGCAACCUGGUGUUUCUCUCCGCACGACCACAUGUGUACAAGGACGUAUCCGAAAAGAAGUCAUAUGCAAAGUUUGCCGCCCUGUACGAACUGAUGGGUAUGCACACGUUGCCUACCAUGCUUGCAGGCAAUCUGAAAUCAGGCCGUGCUUUCAUGUGGCAAGGUGACCUGGAGCCCAUGGCACAGAAGAAGUUUGAGAACUUCUGCGAAUUCUACCAACUUUACCCAGAGUUCAAGCACGUAUUUGUCGGCGACAACGGCCAAGGUGACGUUCGUGCGGCGGAGCUUAUUGUUGAGAAGUUUGGUUCUGAUGCGUUGGAGGCUGCUUUUUUCCAGCGUGUGCAGCCAAUGGAAAGGGUGUUUAAUUAUCAUUCGAGAGAGGACCUGGUCCGUUGGCGCAAGAUGAACAUACUCUUCUUUGAUACUUAUGUGGGUGCAGCUGUCGAGGCUUUCGGCAUGAAAAUGAUUCGACUUAGCGGACUGAAAAAGAUCUGUGAUGACGCUGGGAAGUCGUUCGAGGCGAUUCACUCAUGGCUAACGCCACAAAGUCGAGAACGUGCAAGACUACUGCUGAACCGUGACCUCGCCGCGGCAAAUGUACUUAUGUCAAAGAAGUUUGAUCCUUCCCCUUUGGUUAUGAAGCCGCAAGUGUUCACUCUGAACUCGAACGUUCGCACUCCGAUCGGACGAGGCAUAGUUCGUAAAUAUCGCGGUAUCGAUGGCAUUUAUCGCGUGGAUUUGACAGAUUGGCCAUCAUCAGCUCGCCAAAAACGCGUUGAAGCUUUCUUCCCGGACGAAAGUCUUGUAGCUUACGUCCCUUCGGACUCCUCGGCUAUUUCAAAGAGUUUAUUAAAUUACGUCAAGUUUUACCACCCACCGCCUGCCCGAAUAUUUGCGCCACACAGUCUAGUGAAAACGCUAUUUGGUAUUGGACGUGUGGUGUCCUACCGCGCCGAAGAUGAAAUCUACACAGUAUCCAUUCCUGGUGACCAGAUUAUGCUUCACGUAACGGCAUUUUUGAUCGCAGAUUCGCUGCAGCCAGUGGAUGACGAUUUUUUGAAGAGCUACGUAAUGAAUGGCUCUACAUCACCGCGAAUGUUCGCUGGUGUACGUUCUGGCAUUGGCUUCAUUACGAAGAAACUGAUUACGUUUGUACCUGGUGGGUCUGGACUCAAACCUUUGUUUGCGAUGUCGGUAGUUGUUGAUUCUCCGUUUGGGCGCGGUGCCGUUGUGCACUUUCGCGAAGAAGAUCGUGUCUACGAGCUGCGGCUGUUCCACAGCGAUAGCAAGACCCGAAGUGGUGAGCUGCCGUCACCAAUUAGUGUAUUUGUGCAAGAGCGAGACCUGCAGCUGUCACCAGUUUGGCUCUUAUGUUAUUACACCAUACGGCAAGGGAAUUGUAACUAG